AUGAAAUGCCGACGGGUGUCUCGGAUCGCAACGCCUUCUGCUCAACUAGGACUAGUGGUCCCAUGUGAAGUCGAGAACACCCCGGCGCAUGGGACCGCUAGGCUUGUUUGGGCCUCAACAGCAUCAGAAUACUAUGCCAUCGACUUCUUGCGCCAGCAAUUUUAUACCGCAGUACCACAUGAUACGCCGACGGAUGUCUUGGACCUGAUGCUUCACAUUUCCUCAGUCAAGCUUAGUGGGACCAUUUCGACGUGAAUUGAACCCUUCACUCGCGCCCACUAUACCUGAUCAGGUUACAAAGUAUGGCAGUGUCAUAUGUCCUUGACAUCACCGGCUGGCCAACUGCUUAUUGCUGGGAUAAUGGAAACAAGAAUUGAUAGAUUCGAGUGACACUUCACAAUAGGAUGAUAUGAUAAUAAUGCCUUCAUCCGAAUUGAAAAGCUCGCGGAUAGGGGGAAGCCUAUCCCCCUUGAUUUAUCGAGCGGCAGCCAGAAGCUGCUCGUCGGACUCUCAUACUCUAACGUGCUUCCCUGGGUCGGGAGACAACCGCCGUGGGGAGACACUUUGCAAACCGGACCUCCGGCAUCCUUUCUUUGUGAGCUGGCGAAGCUAAAUUGACGCAACGUUGGACGUGCU